AUGCUCGGCGAAUCGUGGCGACUAAAAGGCAAUGAUGAAAAAGCAUCUAAGUGGUACCAAAUGGCGUAUGACAAUGCUUACGGACCCGAAGCGUUGCGCGCCUACGCCUUCGGACUGAAAAAAAUGGGUUUGUACGAAGAGGCUAAGGUGAAAUUCAAAGAUACCGGCAUCGAAAUAGGCAGCCCCUACGAAUACCGUAAAGAGAUAACUGCUUGCGUCAUGAGUCAAUCGUGGCUCAAAGAAAUGGACAAAAACGAAUGGCAAAUCACCCUCGCGCCUUUCAACUCUCCACAAAAUGAUUUCUCCCCGGUUUUAUUUGAGGAUAAUCACUUCCUCCUUACGAGUGAUAGGCUCAUGUCAACCGCCAAAGCAGCCUAUAAAUGGACAGGAAAUCCCUAUUUUGAUAUCCUCAUGGUGGCAGAAGAGGGCGCAAGUCCGCAGGUAUUUGAUGCAUCCUUGCACAGCGAAUAUAACGAUGCCACACCCACUUUCGCCAAAGAUUUUGGCGAAAUGUGCUUCGUACGCUCCACCGGUGCGCUCAAAUACGAUGACAAAUACAACAAAAUUUACUUUUGCGAACGCAAAGACAACCAUUGGAGCAAUCCCAAAGCACUAUCCUUCCAAAAAGAAAAGGUCAAUUACGUGGCACCUGCAUUUUCAGCGGAUGGUAAGGUGCUUUACUUCGCCAGCAACGACUCGGAAGGGUGGGGUGGUUACGAUAUUUACUUCGUAGAGCGAAAAGAAGACCUAGAAAAUCCUUGGGGAGAGCCUAAGCUCCUCAGCCGCAAUAUCAAUACCCUUGGCAAUGAAAGCUUCCCCACCGUGCAUGGCGACACGCUUUAUUUUGCCUCUGAUGGACUGCCGGGCAUGGGCGGUUUCGAUAUUUUCAAGACUUGGCGCGUGGACAACGCCUGGGCACCACCACAGAAUCUCAAGGCACCGCUCAAUAGCAGUUAUGAUGAUUUUGGCAUUAUCUAUAAGCAGAAAGUCGCUGCCUCCAAAAUUGGGGACCUGCUCAGCGAAGGCUAUUUCACCUCCAACCGACAGGAAGGCGGCAAGGGAGGCGAUGACAUCUACCGAUUUGUGCAGAAAGUACCCCCGCCCAAGCCAAUUCCGAUAGGCGAUAACACCGCCGAAGAUCUCAUGAUAACCGCUUAUGAAGGCGGCGUCAACUUCUUCGACAAUGCAGAAAUAUACUCCAAAGGCGAGUCGGAGCGCGUCAUGGGCAACAUCUUGCACAAGCUCAAUUGGGAGCGCAGCAGCUACCUCGUGUCCUCCAAAGUCUUUUUUGGCGACGGUGGUCGCCUACCAAACCAAACCGGACUCUCCCGCAAACACGUCGUGGAAGGCUGCCACGCCGCUAUGAAACGCCUGCGUGUGGACUACCUCGACCUGUAUUUUUGCCAUCGCCCAGACAAAUCCACGCCAAUGGAAGAGACCGUAUGGGCUAUGAAUCACCUCAUACAGCAAGGAAAAGUGCUCUAUUGGGGCACCUCAGAGUGGUCAGCGCAAGAAAUCAUGGAAGCCCACGUGGUCGCUCGCGAAAAUCGCCUCAUCGGUCCGGUCAUGGAGCAGCCACAGUACAAUAUGUUUUGGCGCGACAAAGUAGAGGUCGAAUACCACAAAAUAUACUCCACCUACGGACUUGGCACGACCAUUUGGUCGCCACUACUUUCCGGCGUCAUCACCGACAAAUACCUCGACAAAUUUCCGAAAGAUACCCGCCUCAGCCUUGAAGGAUUGGAAUGGCUACGCGAGCGCUCUAUCAGCCCCGAAACCCUCGAAAAAGUGCGCGCUCUCAAUGAUUUAGCCCUUUCGCUAGGCACCAAUCUCCCCAAAAUGGCUAUCGCUUGGUGCACCAAAAAUCCCAACGUAAGCACUGUGAUACUCGGCGCAAGCAAAGUAUCACAACUCAAAGAGACCCUCACCGCACUCGAUGUAGCACCGCUACUCACCCCCGAAGUCAUGCAACAAAUCGAAGGUAUUUUGGGGAAUAAGCCUGCUAUGCCACCGUUUUAA